CCUAUUCUAUAUUGAAUUUCAUAAACAUAUUAGUAAUCCACUUCUAAAUAAGAUUAAUGUCUAAUUAAGACUUAAGAGUGUGACAUUCUUUAAUCUCUCCCAAACACAAACACCACGCUUUCUAUCUUCUUCCCAUCUUCUGUGAACGUCCCCACAAAACUCAAAACAUAAAACAUUUCCCUCUCUAUCCUCUCCUUGAUCCUUCUACCUCUCAAACACCCAAAAAAACAAAACAAUUUUUUUCAAAGUUUCCAAAUCUGACAUUAUAUCAAAUUACUCUAAAAAAUUUCAUUUAACCCAUCUAUUAUAAAUACCUUGAUCCAUUUUCCAUUGAAGCUCCACUUAGAGCUUCUUCUUCUUCUUCAAAUCCACAGAUCUCCAAAAAUAAAAAUUAAAAUAAAAAAUACCCAAUUGAAGAAAAGAAGAAAUAAAGAGAUGCCAUUAAAUAAAGAAUUGAUCUUUAUAGGAUCAUUAAUCAUAUUAUGGUAUUCUUCAAAUAUUGGGGUUUUGUUAUUAAACAAACUUUUACUCUCAAAUUAUGGAUUUGGGUUCCCAAUUUUUUUAACAAUGUGUCAUAUGUCAGCUUGUGCAUUUCUUAGCUAUGUAUCCAUUGUUAUUUUUAAGGUUGUUCCUUUACAAAGAGUUAAAUCAAGAUCACAAUUCCUAAAGAUUGCAACUUUAAGCCUAGUUUUUUGUGGGUCUGUUGUGGGUGGUAAUAUUUCAUUGAGAUAUCUUCCUGUUUCCUUCAAUCAAGCUGUGGGUGCUACGACGCCGUUUUUUACUGCUGUUUUUGCUUAUUUUAUGACCUUUAAGAGAGAAGCUUGGGUUACUUAUGCUUGCCUUCUUCCUGUUGUUGGUGGUGUGAUCAUUGCUAGUGGGGGGGAGCCAAGCUUUCAUUUGUUUGGAUUUAUAAUGUGCCUAAGUGCAACUGCAGCAAGGGCCUUCAAAUCCGUUCUCCAGGGUAUCCUACUCUCUAAUGAAGGGGAGAAGUUAAACUCGAUGAACUUGAUGUUGUAUAUGGCCCCAAUUGCAGUUGUCGCCUUGAUUCCGGCUGUAUUCAUAAUGGAGACCAAUGUACUAGAAGUUUUUGUCUCUCUCGGAAUUCAGCAUAAAUUUAUGUGGAUACUUCUUAUAUUGAACUCAGUCAUGGCGUAUUCGGCCAAUUUGUCCAAUUUUUUGGUGACAAAGUAUACAAGCGCUCUAACUCUCCAGGUAUUAGGCAAUGCAAAGGGCGCUGUUGCUGUCGUGAUCUCAAUACUUAUCUUCCGAAAUCCAGUAACAGUAAUUGGUAUCGGUGGUUAUACAAUGACUGUUCUCGGAGUAAUUGCUUAUGGAGAGACAAAGCGCAGAUACAAGUAGUAGAUUAUUCAUCAUUCAAUUUGUGUUCUUCUUCCUUUAUAAAUUUGUAUGAAUAUUUGAUUCUUUUAUGAGGGAUGGGUUAGAUAGGUAUAUCUAGGUAAGUAAGUAUAUUUUGUCAAUUAUUUGGGUGUUUUCAGCCCUUGUACUCUAGUAAAGUAGUAUAUAUCUUCAUUAGAGUGUUGCAUGUUGAUAGAGAUUAGAGAGAGGACAGGAUGAAGAGAGCUUAAUUUUAUUUUUGGUGUACUUUUUCUGCGCACCCGGUGGAUAAGCGUCAGGAAACUCUUGGUGAGAUUAUAGAGAUGGUGUUUAUGUGCAUUUUGACAUGUUUAGCAUCGGCUUUAAAGGGAAUUACUGUUGAGAAUUGGGAUCAUGAGAAAAGUUUGUUCU